AUCAACUGAAACAGAUUUGAAAACAAUGCAUGAAGUAUUUAUCGUUGUGUUUUGUGUAUUUGCUGUGGUCGUUGAAGGAUGGGCCCACACGACCACUGUCAAUAGAUGUAUUCACAGUGGGGGACAACCCCCUCUGAACGCGUUUGUACAUGGGUGUACCAAUCCUCCCUGCCUGUUACCACAACUAGAUGAUCUGAUCGUUGACGUUACUUUCGCUACACCCCGCAAUAUCAGCGAAAUGACGACUCUAUUGACUGCUUCCUUCAAUAUUGGCGGCAUGCAGCUCAACGUACCUGUAGACCUGGGGCAGAACGCCAGAACCUGCAACUUCUUGACCUUACCUCCCACCUGCCCGAUCCAGAGUGGAGAGAACGCCCAGUAUCGCUUUAAGUGGCGUAUUGAACCAUUUAUCGCUGUGGGUACACAAGCGAAUGUGGAGCUCAGUGUAGUGGACAACGACAGGAACAACGAAGUGAUCUGGUGCAUCAGACUACCCAUCCGGAUCCUGCCGCCAGAGUAA